CAAGACGCCGCCACCGCCGCCGCCGCGAGUGCACACACACACACACGCGCGCGCACACACACGCACACACGCGCGCGCUCAGUUCGCCGCCGCGCUUCGUACAGCCGACGUUUUUCCGGCCCGGCGUCUUGAGACGUCGCUCAGUCUCAAGACUACUCCGGCGUCGCGAACACCUUAGGUGCCCGACUACCGACACAGGCGUAAACGCACGCACAUACGUACAUCGUCUCACCCGACUUUAUAAUAAUAUUAUAUGCCCGCGAAGUUCUGCAAGUGUCGUCGCGAACGAAGCUAGCCGAUAUUUUCUCCGUCUCCUCACGCACACGAUCCGAAGGAAAAAAAAAUAAUUACGUUUUCUCUUUUCGCAAUCGCGUAUAUAGUCGUACGAAUCGAGUGAAUAAUCGUCGCUUCCGGACGGACUUUACGCGCGUCAUGUGCGGCCACCACUGUUGUUAUUACUGCGGCUACCACUUCCACCGCUGCCACCACCGCGUCUGACGACCGUCGUUUGGACACGCGUGCGAACAGAACGAAUAUAUCAUCGGAUUGCUUCACAUCAGUCAAAACGAUCUCUUCGGCCCCGCUGGAUCUUCGCGCCUCGCCCGGCCACGAACACCUGCAGGGCGACGACGACGACGAAAUGUCGGCGGACAUACAGCAGCAACAGCAGUCCGUGUUGCUGCAACGGCCGGUGUUCAAGAUGAACCCGGCCGCGGAUUUUUGGCAACAGCAGCGGCAACAGUACCAGCACCAGCAGCAACUCCAGCAGCAGCAGCAGCAACAGCAGCAGCAACAGCAGCAGCAGCAGCAACAGCAGCAGCAGCAGCAGCAGCAACAGCAACAGCAGCAGCAGCAGCAGGCGGUCGACACUUCGCCGUCGCCGCAACCUCAGACGGCGCCACCGCCGCCCACGCUGCAAGUCAACCAUGACCAGCAGCAAGUGCCGUCGUCCCUCGCCGUGGUCGGACAACCACAGCAACAACAGCAGCAGACGACGAACAGCGUACAGGUGACGGCCGACGAGGCGAUCGCCAUGGUCGCCCAACAAGUCGCGCAACACCAACAACGACAGCAGCAACAACAACAACAACAACAAACGCAAAACGCCGAGAUGACCGACGAUGCGGACGUGAUCGUCGGACAACCGUCGCCGGCGGCCAUCCGAGCGGCCGUCCAGCAACAGCAGCAGCAGGACUCGACGGCAGCCGUCGGACUGGCCGGACAACCGGCGGUCCCCGGCGACCCGUCCGUAUCCGUAGUAAUCAACCAGAACAAUUCGCUCGUGCUGAGCGACCCGAAAAUGAUGACCGAAAAAUUGGUCAGCGAACUACAGAACCGAUCGAUAUCAGACCGCACUCUUGAAGAAUGCUGGUCCACUCUUCAGCGAGUCAGCUGGAACGUCUUUCGUUCAAUAUUCAUGCAAAAGUCGGCGGCCAUGCAGAUGCAGGCUCGCGACUUCGGCCGGCCCGGCAGCAUCGGCGGCAGUUCGCUAAGUGGCAGUGGCCUGGAAGUAAGCAAACCGCACCAGUGCCAACAGUGCCUCAAGUCGUUCAGCUCUAACCACCAGCUGGUCCAGCACAUUCGGGUCCAUACCGGUGAGAAGCCGUACAAGUGUUCCUACUGCGAGCGCCGAUUCAAACAGCUCAGCCACGUCCAACAGCACACCAGACUACAUACAGGAGAACGACCGUACAGAUGCCAUUUGGCCGAGUGCGGACGAGCUUUCAUACAGCUGUCCAAUCUGCAGCAACAUCUCCGCAACCACGACGCCCAAGUGGAGAGGGCCAAAAACCGGCCUUUCCACUGCACCAUCUGUGGCAAAGGUUUCGCCACCGAGUCCAGUCUGCGCACCCACACGGCUAAGGAACAUUUUUUUUAUUUUCAGGAAGCUGAACUUCGCAUGGAUGUGCUCCAACAACACGCCGCUUUGAUGGGCGGUGCGAGCACUACGUCUUGUCCGCUGUGCCAUAAACUGUUCCUAGGUAGCGAGUCACUGGUCGAACACAUGAAAGUCCAUCACAACGAUCCGACCACCGUGUCGCAGGCCGUCGUACAAAGUUACUCUGAUAUUGGUACUGGUCCGUACAUGGCCAAACGCCGAACUGCUAAUCAUCCGUGCCCGGUGUGUGGUAAACACUACGUGAACGAGGGAAGUCUGCGUAAACAUUUGGCUUGCCAUCCAGAAACAGCUCAGUACGCCCAACUCAGGAUGUGGCCGUGUUCUGUUUGCCAAGCCGUAUUCACCCACGAAUCAGGCCUGCUGACACACAUGGAGCACAUGCGCAUGGAUCCCAAACAUCAGUUCGCCGCGCAGUACGUGCUGAGCAGAGCGGCCGCCGAGCGCAGGGAACGGGAGAACUUCCUGGCCGCCGUGACGGCCACCAACAGCAUGGGCGGCCCCGCCUCGCCCCAUUCCGUUCACUCGGACUCGUCGUCGUCGAACAACGGCGACAUGGACGGUCCCAGCGGCGCUGGUUCCACGGGUUCGGUGGGCACCGGCACCAACAGCUCCGUGGCUGCUGCGGUGGCCGCGGCCGCGGCGGCGGCUGCGGCAGGUGGCAACGGCGCCGUUCCCGCAGGUGGCCGGCUGUCUGUCUCGCCGGCCGACAAUCAAAUCGCGUUGGUGUUGCACCACAACAACAACAACACGACGACAAACAACAACAACAAUAACAACAACAACAACAAUCCUGCGGCCAUCAAGUUGGCCGAGCUAAUGGCAGCGAGGACUGGAGGCAUGAUCAGUGGUAACGGAGGUCACCAAUACAUGAACCAACAACCCCAGUACAACGCCAACGACCUACAGCGGGCCGCUGCACUGUUCAUGAGCCAACAGCAGGCCCACGCAGCCGUUUCGCAGGUUCAACAGCAGCAGCAGCAGCAGCAGCAACAACAGCAACAACAGCAACAGCAGCAGCAGCAACAACAGCAACAGCAGCAGCAACAGCAACAGCAACAGCAGCAGCAACUUCAGCAGAACCCGCCGUCGCCAUCGCACUCGCCGCGAUCUGCACCUCCGACUCCGGCGUCCGUGGUGCAAGCGGCCGCGGCCAAUCUCGCGGCGGCGGCCAUGCGCAUCACCCAGUCGAAUGCCAUGCACCAAAAUCCGUUGGUCACGACUUCCAGUGGUUCGGGUUCGAACUCGUCAGUAAAUUCGAUGCAAUCCGCCGUCCAGAUGGCCAUGAACGCGGCCGUCCGGGCUUCCAUGUCGUCCAUGGUGGACGGCCUGGGUGGCGGACACCACCAACAGUCCGGUCAUCAGUCCAUGCUCCACCACCACCAACAGCCCAACCACGAGCAGAGUUCGCCGACGUUGCGCAUGCAGGAAGCCAUACUCAGGUCGCAGGCGGAGGCGGCGCUCAGGUUGGCCGUCUCGCAAGCCGUGGCCGCGUCGUCCGGCCAACAGCAGACGCCUGAACUGCAGACCCGACAGUCGUCGGUGCAACAGCAGAACGCGCAUCAGCCGCAGCAAAACGUAGCGAUCAACUACAACGCCAUGGCGCAGGGGCAGCUGAUGAACGGGCAGAACCCGUACCACCACCAGGGGCAAGUGUCCCCCGACCUGUCGGAGGCGCUCAGGCUCCAGGAACAGCGGCUCGAACAGGCGCUCAGGCUACACGGCGGCGACCCGAGGGCUCUGGGCUUCACUUUCGGUAACACCCAACAGGGUCAUAUCAACCCAUGAGAGUUCAGUUACUAUUAACGAUGAGAGGACAUAACUAAACCUUCCCUCCCCCGCCCCGUCGCCUGUCUAACUUCCACCAAACCCACCCCUCCGCCAUCACCAUUGGCCGUUGGCCAACUAUUAUGUUACUAUGUGUUAUUAAUACUGUCGUCUUAUUCACAAACACCGUCACCACCACAACCACCAUGCAUCUCCCAAAGCUCAACGGCGGACCUGCUGCAGCGCGCGCACAUGAUUAUUUAUUAUUAUUGUAUUUACGAUAUUUAUUUAUUAUUAUAACCAUACUAUUAUAUUAAUUACUAGGCGUA